AUGGAAAAACUAUGGUGGUCCCAUAAAUCUGUACGCUGUGUUGUAUUAUUCAUUGUUCGUCGGCUUUUUGGUGUAUUCGUGAUGGAGGGCGAUAAUAGUGGAGUCGGUAACCAUGAAAAAGAAGAAAAUGACAGUACUAGUACUCAUUCUUCUCCGCAAGAACAUAAAUCUUUUGCAGAAAUCGCAAAAGAUAAAUUGGAUAGUGCUGGUCGAGAGCUGAGAAGGCGAUUGCCAAUGGCAGGACAGUUAGGAGCGCAUUUAAUGCAUCCUAGAAGAUUGCUACUGCAUUCAACUCCUACACAACAAACUGAUGUUGUGCUUAUAUUUCCAAAAGGUCUCCCAGAUAGUAUGCUACUUUGGUUGCUACAAAAACUACGAGGGAGUCGACCGAGGCUGCGCGUGUGUGUGCGACAACACGCGUCUUCGCAGUGCUCCGCUUUUUAUAUUACCGCUGACGAUGAUGUGCUUUUACAAACCGCUGAAGAGGUUCACCUUCCAAAACUACUGAAACCGGAGUUCGGUGGAGGAUACAAGGAAUUUACAGUUCGAGACAUGCAUUGCUUUCAAAAGGGUACGAGUGCAUCAGAACUGCUAAGUUCCCAAGAACGGGGGGCUCUAGUGAAACAUGUGUUGGAAUCGGCUCGAGCGGAGCCGGGUGAUGAGCGUGCAUUGGAACCAGCGUUGACAUUGCGACCUGGACAGAGCAUUGUGCCAGCAUGUGUGAGUCGAGGUGUAGUGGCGAGUAUGUUCCCAUUACACGAACGGACCGCUUUAGAAAAUUUACGAAAGAAAUGGGUUAAGACGUUGUUCUCCCCGCAACCUUUGGAUGAGAUAAGUGAAUAUUUUGGUGUGAAAAUAGCCAUGUAUUUCGCAUGGCUCGGCCACUACACGCAGUCGCUCACGGUGCCCGCCGUUGUUGGGUUUAUAUUUUGGGUGUGGUUGGGGACAGCGAACGAUUACUGGAAGGAUAUAGCGUACGUGUUAUUUUCACUCUUCAACGUUCUGUGGGCCUGCGUAUAUUUGGAAACGUGGAAAAGAUAUUCAAAUGUGCUAGCAUACAGAUGGGGUACGUUAGACCAAAGAGACGAACUUUUAGUAGAACCCCGUCCAUUAUUUCAGGGCGACAUGGGUAUCAGCGAGGUGACGGGGCGGCCCGAGCCUCAGUACGCAGCGUGGCGGCGGCGCGCGUGGCGGCACUGCGUGUCGCUGCCGCUCAUGUUGCUUUGCCUCGCCGUGGCGGCGCUCGCCACGUUUGCGUUGUUGCGCACACAGGAUUGGUGGGAAGAUACGAUAUUUUAUUUCAGUUGGAUACCGCGAGCGUUUCUUGCUAUUUUAAUUGCGUUAGAGGAAGAAGUUUAUGCGAGAAUCGCAAAAUGGCUCAACGAUAAAGAAAAUUAUCGACUCGAGACAAAGUAUGAAAAUCAUCUGAUUCUGAAAAUAGCAUUGUUUCAAUUCGUCAAUUCGUUCAUGAGCUUGUUCUACAUUGCGUUUUACCUUCAGGAUAUGGAUAAAUUGAAAGAACAAUUAGCCGUAUUGCUUAUAACUCGUCAAAUAAUUGGAAAUUUAAAAGAAUCUGCGCUGCCAUAUCUCAUAGAAAAUCUUAGAUUAGCUAAGAUUUGUUUCGACGUUUUUGGAGCUAUGAGUCCAAGUAAGAUACCCACAUCGGCACAGUUAACAGAACUAUUUGAGAAGAGAACAUCUUCAUCCGGAGACCCACCAGAGAUGUUGAUCAAUGGCGGCACGGAGAAGGAGAAAGAUGAUCGAAGAGAUUCUGAUACUAGAGAGCCUUUAAUCGGACAGAAAGUUAUACACCAGGCUGAGUUAGAGUCGCAGCUGUUUAAGUACGACGGCACGUUCGCGGAGUACCUGGAGAUGCUGACGCAGCUCGGUCACGUGGUGCUGUUCUCGGCGGCGUUCCCGCUGGCGGCGCUGUGCGCGCUGCUCAACAACGCGUGCGAGGUGCGCGCCGACGCCUUCAAGCUGUGCCACGUCGCGCAGCGCCCCUUCGGCGAGCGCGUCAGCAGCAUUGGGAGCUGGCAGCACGCGAUGGAGGCGAUGGUGGCAGUAGCGGUGCUGGUGAACUGCGCUCUCAUAGGGCUGUCGGGGCCCGUGCACCGCCUGCUGCCCGACGCGACGCCCGCGCAGACUAUACUCGUCAUUGUUGCCUUGGAGCACGUGGUGCUGGUGCUGGUGCUGUGCCUGCGCCUCGCCAUCCCGGAGAUCCCGGCGUGGCUCGCCACCGAGAUGGCUAAGGUGGAGUUCCAGCGACGCGAGGCGAUUAAGAAUGCGCAUGCGCCACUAUUGUCGGAAGGGCCGAGCCAGGACGACGUGCGCUCCAACCGAAACACGCCUCAUAGCGUCACGCCCACCACGCCCAAGCAGUGUGACAAACCGAUAGACAAAAAGAAGAUCAACAUCGGCAAGAUACCAGAGAUACCGCCUUUCAGUAUUCAUAACUAUGGCAUAGUAGUCAUUAAGCGCAAGCUUAACUUACAUUCUGCUAUUUUUUUUUAUAGUAAUAUACAAUUUCGGCCAAAAGCUGCUUCCAUAACAGAGCCAGUGACAACGGGUUCCUUGCAAAUAUUGCAAGACGUUAGUCCCACUAAACCUAUUCGACGUAAGGAGGGCGCGCCGCUGUCGCUGCUGGGCGUGCGCGGGCUGCGCGACGAGCCGCUGCACCGCUCCGCGCACUGCCUGCCGCACGCGCACCGCCCGCUCGCGCACCCCACGCUGCAGGAGCUAUCAGGCAGCGUGAGCGCCGGCGGGUCCGAGCCGGACCUGAACGCGGUGCCGUCGGCCGUGCCCUCCGCUCCUUCUAUGGACAUCAGCGCCACUUCUAGUGAGGACGACAAGCCUAAGGAUAAAAGUAACCGGUCGCGCGCGCGCGCGGCGCUGGUGAAGCGCGUGCGCUCGGUGGCGGUGUUCUCGCUGGGGCUGCGGCGCGCGCGCGAGGCCGCCGCCGCCGCGCCCGCGCACGCCGCGCCGCGCACGCCCGACCGCCCGCACACCACGCCCGGGCCACCCGCGCCAAUGCUGGGAGGUGAACUAUCCCUCAUUCCCAUCGAACAGCUCAUACAAGUUGAAGACGUCAAACCAAGGCCUAUUACA